CAGGUUCGAAAUGACAAGUGUCUGUUGAAGUUUUUUUCUUAAGCUAUUUACUAAAACCACAUCUUUGGAUUGGUUUGUUGUUUGUUUUAGUUGACAUUCAACAAGUGCCAUGUUUGCCCCUCAAAUGCAUGUGUGUUAAAGGACUUUUGCCUGGUUUCACAGACAAGACUGAAGGCUAGUCCCAGACUAAAUGAGCUGGCUUAAAUGAAAAUCAUUUGCCCUGACAUAUCUUAAAAUGUAUCAGGGCCCUUGUUUUGUCCUCAGAUCUUUUUUUUUAAAUAUCCUAAUUUAACUACUGCAUAGUCCUGGUUUACACCGCGUCUACACCUAACCGCGCCGCAUCCAGUGUGGACAAAAUUGUAAAUUAUAAUGGGUUCUAAUGCGUUUCUAAUGUCUUUUGUCGUGUCGCGUCAGUUGCGUCCGGUGUAGACACGGUGUUAUAAGCCAUGUCUGUGAAACCAGGCAAGGUGAUAGUAAAGAUAUUUCCUUAACACGUUUAUAAAAAUGUUCUUUCAUCAUUCUUUGGUUAGAGCAUGGUGCUAGAAACACCAAGGUCAUGGGUUUGAUCGGGAUUGCACAUACUCGGAGACGAAUGUAUAGUAUAAUAAGUCAGUUGCUUUGGAUAAAAGCGUCUGCCAAAUGCAUAAAUGUAAAUACAAAACUGACAUUAUUUUUUGUUUUGUUUAAGUUUACAAUAAAAGCUAACUGUGUCACAUUAUGUGUCAGUGCUGUCACCAAAGUUUAAAUAAUGAACUAAGACAUAUACAUCAUCACUCUUAAUUAACCUCAAGGACAAAGUUUUAUGUAGGCAUGUAGCAGGAUGGGUCCUGUUGGUGUUGGAUGUUAUUUGAUAUGAACCUAUAGAACAUUAAAUCCUACUGAAAUAAGACCAAGACACAAAAAUAUCAAUGUUUUAUGGUAAAUAACCGAUGGUUUAUAUGAUAUUUGUAAUAAAUCCGUUAGAAUUGAUAUUGUUUUUAUCAGCAGAGUUCACUGUAAAAUAAACUGGAAUAGCUUCCGUUCGCGCUUCACAGAAUGACCCUCAAGCAGUUUCUAUGGUAACCAUGAGUUAUUUUUUGCUCGUUUAAUUUACCCUGUGGACUUAAUAGUAACUACAUGCAGACCGUGUAGUUACUCAACAUCGCCGAGCAAUAAACAAACCCUCUUGGCUUCAGAAAACAAAAAAAGAGUUCAGAAAUGGAUUUAUUUCUGUAACCUUCAGGCUUCAUUAUGCAACGGGAUUAAACCUUAUUAGGAUUAAGACUUAAACCAGCCGUGACCACCACAACGUGAAAAGUAUUAUUAUAUCUCAGCAGAUUGAAAAUGGGACACAUGGGUCGGAAAAAGCAAUCAGAUUUUGCCGUUUAAGAGCAAAUGCAAUAAAUGAUGCUUGGGAGAUAUUGUGGGUGAAGGAUGCUGCUGUUUUGACAGCGGAGAGUGUGUCCAGAUAUACACACAGACCAAAAUAGGAGCUCUGCAUUCUCUAGUGACUGCAUGGGGCUAAAUUCAGGAGCCACAUGUCUGAUCUGUGCGAGGAGAAGUCGCACUGAGGGAGAUUAAACUUCAACGCGACGCUGAAAGAGAAACGCUGUCGAUCAUUGGCCAGCUAAAAUGUCUGUAAAAGGCCACAGCAGUUACUCCUACGAGUUCUGUGAUGAGACUCACUCAUCUGAGUUGCUGGACGUUCUCCAUCAGUUUCACACCAGCGGUCUGUUCACAGACAUCGCCCUGCGGUCUUCAUCGGGACAGGUCUUCCACUGUCACAAGGUGGUCCUGUCUGCACGCAGCUCCUACUUCAAGUUAAUGUUCACAUUAGACAUGAGGGAGCGUGAGAAUGACAUCAUCAGCCUGCCUUGCACAGACGGAAACAUUCUUGGUUCUUUGAUAAACUACGUCUACACCUCAAAGAUCAGCAUAACCCAAACCAAUGUUCAGAGCCUUCUGGAGGCUGCAGACCUACUUCAGUUCACCUCCGUCAAAAAAGCCUGCGAGAACUUUCUGAUUCGCCUGCUGGACAUCGAUAACUGCCUCGGGAUGCAUUCGUUCGCUGAGCUUCACGUGUGCUCCACCCUGCAGCGUGAAGCUUCGAGGGUCAUGCUGGGACGGUUUGCGGAGCUCACGGAUCAGGAGGAGUUUUACGAGGUGGAUUUCCAAAAGCUCAAGACGAUACUGACCACGGAGAACCUCAACGUGUGGAAAGAAGAGACGUUAUUGGAGUCGGUGGUGAAGUGGGUUGCUCAUGACACGUUGGUUCGUACAGACCACCUUCAGGAGCUUCUCGCCUGCGUUCAUCUCGAGGUGGAUGACGUGUACCUCAGAACUGCUUUAGAUCUACACAGCCGUUGCUCUGAAAAUAAACUGCGCUCUCUUAUCGUCAGCUCUUUGACACCAAGCAAUGACUUAUCUCAUUGCUGCAAGACACUGACAAGCAGCUUGUACGUUAUAGGAGGAUAUUACUGGCAUCCGUUGUGUGAAGUCCACACAUGGGACCCUAUCUCCAACACGUGGACUCAAAGAAAAGACAUGCCUGAUUUUGCACGGGAGAGUUACAGUGUUGUACUUUUGGGCCCUAAUAUCUAUGUGACCGGGGGCUACAGGACAGAAACUGUGGAUGCUUUAGAUACCGUAUGGAUUUAUGAAACAGACACGGAUGAAUGGACAGAAGGAUGCCCAAUGCUUACAGCCAGGUAUUAUCAUUGCUCGGUGGCUUUACGGGGAUGCAUUUACGCCAUAGGUGGAUACACAGCAGGAGCCCCUACACGAGAAACUGAAUUCUAUGACCCUUUGAAAAAGAAAUGGCUCCCUGUGGCAGAUAUGAUACAAGGUGUUGGAAAUGCUAGUGCUUGUGUAAUAAAUGACAGAAUCUCUGUAACCGGAGGGCAUUAUGGGUGCAGAGGAAGCUGCACUUUUGAGAAGAUUCAGAUGUACAGGGCAGAUGUCAACGAAUGGAGCAUUAUAACAAUAUGUCCACAUCCUGAAUACGGCCUGUGCUCGGUGUCAUUAAACAAUAAACUGUAUCUGGUCGGCGGUCAGACCACCAUCACAGACUGUUACGACCCCAAGCAGAAUGAAUGGAGGCAGAUGGCAAAGAUGAAGGAGAGAAGGAUGGAGUGUGGUGCUGCAGUAAUAAACGGAUUCAUAUACGUAGCGGGUGGAUAUUCAUACUCGAAGGGGGCGUACCUGCAGAGUAUAGAGAGAUAUGACCCUGAGAUGGACUGCUGGGAGAUUGUAGGAAACCUUCCGUCGGCCGCCCGCUCGCACGGAUGCGUUUGUGUGUUCAGUUUGUGAAAUCUCUUCUGCUGUUAUAGUCAUGUUGCUACGGAUUCAGGUCAUUCUGAUAAUGUCAAUGUUGUAACAUCUUUGUGUGUAAUAUGUCACCAACAUUGUGUGAGAAAUGGUUUGGCCUGUUCUCGGCAGGAAGAUAGGGAUAUUUCAAAAUAUUAGUAGCAUGAAAUAUUACGUCUGAUAACGGCACUUCUGCGAACUAUACACAGCAGAAUUAAACACUACACUAAAUGCUAAUUGCAAAAUGAAAUGAACCAUAUAAUUGUGCACUAGUGGGAUGGUAAAAUAAAUAGUGUGUUAGCAUUUGAAAAGGAAAUGUCAAAAGAGCUACAUCCAAUUACAACUCAAUGGUCUUGAAUUCAUUUGUUAGAGGCAAUCAAAUGUGAAACUCUCAUUCUCAAAUGCCACGAUAAGCCUUGAUUCAACAAAACUACACCAGAUAAC